GGGAGGGGCCUAGGGGGACCUUACGGUGGGUGGGACUGGGAAUACGGCAGAAGACGCAGGUCCAGGGUCCCUAAUGCAGUGGGGUCAGAAGGUGUGAGGAUCAGAGCCCUUGGAAAAGGGGGGUAUUGCUCGGGGAGGGGCUCUGGGAUGAAUCGGGGGUCUAGAAGGAGAUCUGUCCCUGGCACCUGAGGGUUGAAGUCAUACUAGUGGUGAUUCAGAGAAGUGUACUUUCCGAGGGGGUGAGGUGAGAUGUGUUGGGGGCAGGACUCUGGCUAGCAAGCUGGGUCUGUGGGGCGGAAGAUCUCUGUGGGUGGUGGGGAAAAGAAGGCUCCACCUUGGAAGUCUGAGGACACUAGUGACCAGAUGGUGAUCCUCAGGGAGGAGAGCUCUUGGGUCCUUUACCUUUGAGGGAAGUAACAAGUUGGUCUGGACUCCUGGGCUGGGCUGAACUGAAUUCCUGAGUGUCUAAGGGAGCUGAGUUACCUAGGCCCUGGGGUCAUGGGGCUGGUGUGGACUGACGGAUUAGGGAACUGUGGGGUGAGUCUCUGUGGGAGUGGGGCUAAGGCUCAGAUAUCUGGGACUCCAAACGGAGGCAGAGAGGGUCUAAGGUAGCAAAGUAGGGCAAGGGCCCAUUCCAUUCAACCAGCUCCCCUUUCUCCUUCCAUCCCCAGGAGGCCACUUCCCUCCCUCAGAGAUGUCGGGCUGAAGGAGAUGGUGGAACUCUGCCAGGCCAAGAACAUGACUGAAGAGGAGACAUAGAAAGGUUCAGAGGGCAGUGCCAAGCUCAGCCUGGGGGAUGUGGUGAUCCUCAGAGGGACGGCCUCCCCAGCUCCCAGCCCCUGUCCAGGCCCAGGAUGAACCCCGCACCACUCUCAGGCCACCCACCAUGAGAUUCUGGACCACUUGCCCUUCCUUCUCCACCAUCUACUUUCUCUUCGUCCUCUUCAUGGCGUCCACCAUCUUCCACUGCCACCAGCGCCUGGCUCUGGUGCCCACCCCCUGGGCCUCCUCGGGCCGCGUGGUCCUGGGCCCCAGAGACCUGCCACAGGGGGGCAUGUUCACCAUCAACUCCAAGGGCCGCCUGGGGAACCAGAUGGGCGAGUACGCCACCCUGUACGCCCUGGCCAAGGUGAACGGGCGGCCGGCCUUCAUCCCGGCCCAGAUGCACAGCAUGCUCGCCCCCAUCUUCAGGAUCACCCUCCCCGUCCUGCACGGCUCCACGGCCAGCAAGAUCCCGUGGCGGAACUACCACCUGAACGACUGGAUGGAGGAGGAGUACCGCCACAUUCCCGGGGAGUACGUGCGCCUCACCGGCUACCCCUGCUCCUGGACCUUCUACCACCACCUCCGAGACGAGAUCCUCCGGGAGUUCACCCUGCACGACCACGUGCGCCAGGAGGCCCAGAAGUUCCUCCAGGCCCUGCAGGCCAAGUGGGCCUGGCAGGCAACCUUCGUGGGGGUCCACGUGCGCCGGGGGGACUACGUCCACGUCAUGCCGCGGGUGUGGAAGGGCGUGCUGGCCGACAGGGGCUACCUGCGCCAGGCCCUGGACUGGUUCCGGGCCCGCUACCGCAGCCCGGUCUUCGUGGUCACCAGCGACGACAUGGCCUGGUGCCGGCAGAACAUUAACAGCUCCCUCAGGGACGUGGUGUUCGCAGGCAGCGGCCGUCAGGGCUCGCCCGCCAAGGACUUCGCGCUGCUCACGCAGUGCAACCACACCAUCAUCACCGUGGGCACCUUCGGGAUCUGGGCCGCCUACCUCGCGGGUGGGGACACCGUCUACCUGGCCAACUUCACCCUGCCCGACUCCCCCUUCCACAUGAUCUUUAAGCCACAAGCGGCCUUCCUGCCAGAGUGGGUGGGCAUUGCCGCCAACCUAGGGCAGGCCAGAGAGAACAGCCCUUAGCCCUGCACGUGUCCCUCCCUCGCCCUUGGCUCCACAGGUCGUGUCAGGGGUGCGUGCAGCACAUGGGCUCGGGAUCAGACACCCAAGUUUGAAUCCAGGCUGCUCUGCUUCCUAGCUGGGUGACUUCAGACAAGUGACUUAACGUCUCUGUGCCUUAGUGUGUCACCUGAAAAAUGAAUGUAAUACAGAACUUCCCUUGGCAGCUCCUCGUGAGAACUCACAAGUUCAUUUAGUGUGUUGGAAACACCUGGUAAGUCUUGGCCCUGAACAUUGGCACUGCUCUAAGACCAAAGUGUAUUUUCGCCCUCUCCUUUGCAGCUCCAGGAGCAUGGAGUCCAAAUAUUUGCGCUUGCCUCCUGGGAGGGUUUGGCCAUGAAGCCAUCCCUGCCCUUCAGUAAAAGGGAGCUAGGCGUUUUGGGCAGCUAAGAAUUGAGGCUUUGGGUUUAAUGGGGCCUUAUUAUGAGAGAAUGUUGAGGGUCAACAGGAGUUGAGAAGAUGAACCUCAGGGAGAUACCCUUGGUGGAGAGGGGCAGGCCCCCAAAAUGGGGGUAGGGAGUGGGAGGGCCUCACACUGAGGGCAGGACUCAGGCGGGACUCAACACCAGGCCUCGGCCUGCAGGAGCAAAGAUACCCAGAGUCCACAAGUCAUAGAAGCAGCAGGCUGACCCCAAGGGGCUGCAGAGACCAGCACACAGCCACGUCAGCAGUCACCUGUGUGGCCAGAUGACCUCACACCUUGGCGGUGCCUGUGCCCUCAGGACCUCAUGCCACUCUCAGAAACCCCAAUAUGGACAAAGGUUGGAUUAAGUGAUUACAGUACUGGUUUUCUUGUGUUUGGUGUAUUUUAUUUUAUUUUUUAUUUU